AUGCUCCAAGCUCUCUCCUUUCCUUUAUGUACUUGUUUCUUCUUCCUCUUUAUCCUGGUCAAGUGUUGGAAGAAAUCCAAACCCAAUGGCCAAAACCAUAGGUUGCCCCCAGGGCCAUGGAAACUGCCUCUUAUUGGGAACUUGCACCAGCUAGCAUUUUCAUCACAACUACAUCUUUCCAUGACAGCCUUAGCCAAGAAACACGGACCCAUUAUGCAACUGCAACUGGGUGAGGUAUUGGCUAUAAUCAUUUCAUCUCCAACAGUAGCCAAACAGGUGCUAAAGACGCAUGACACUUCGUUCGCAAAUCGCCCUGGCAUUUUUGCUGUUGAAGUCGUGACGUAUAAUUAUUCAGGUAUCGUCUUUACUCCGUACGGCGAUUAUUGGAGACAAAUUCGAAAGAUUUGCGUGAUGGAGCUCCUAAAUGCUAAGCGCGUCCAGUCAUUCAGAUCAAUAAGAGAAGAAGAGGUGUUAAAUCUUAUUGAAUCCAUUUCCAUGUCCGGGGGAUUUCCAGUAAAUCUCAGUGAGAAAGUCCACUCCAUGAUGAAUAGAGUAAUUUCCAGGGCAGCAUUUGGGAAGGAGUGCAAAUAUGAAAAAGAGUUCAUAUCUUUGGUGAAGGAAAUCUUUAGCAUCGGUGCAGGCUUCCAUGUAUCUGAUUUGUUUCCUUCACUCAAGUUCCUUAAUUUCCUUACAGGAAUGAAGCCUGCCUUGGAAGAAAUACACACAAAACUAGACAAGAUUCUCGAUGACAUAAUCGAGGAUAAGAUGCAAAUCAGCUCCAUUUCAGCCAGCAAUGGCAACGACUCAGUCGAUCAUAAUGAUAUAGUUGAUGUUCUUCUGAAACUUCGGCAGACAGGCAGGCUUGACGUCGGGAUAAACCACAUCAAAGCUGUCACUCUGGACGUCGUCUCUGCAGGAAGUGAGACAUCAGCAACUACAAUAGAAUGGGCAAUGUCAGAAUUGUUGAGAAACCCAAGAGUGCUAGAAAAGGCCCAAGCCGAAGUGAGACGAGUCCUUGGGGGGAGCAGGAACAUUGAUGAGACAAACAUUCAUAAACUAGAUUACUUGAAAUUAGUUGUCAAAGAAACUCUCCGAUUACACCCUCCAGCUGCCUUAAUCCCAAGAGAAUCAACGGAAAACUCUCAAAUUUGUGAGUAUCUCAUUCCAAGCAAAACAAGAGUACUCGUUAAUGCAUGGGCCAUUGGAAGAGAUCCAGAAUAUUGGAUUGAUGCAGAUUCCUUUUCCCCAGAGAGGUUUCAGGGUUCUUGCACUGAUUUUAAAGGGACCAACUUUGAAUUCAUUCCAUUUGGAAGUGGUAAGAGGAUAUGUCCAGGCAUAUCAUUUGCUCUAGCAAACAUUGAACUUGCUCUUUCUCAGUUGUUGUAUCACUUCAACUGGAAACUUCCCAAUGAGAUUAAACCAGAAGAACUUGACAUGUCUGAGUUUCUCGGAUUGUCUUGUAAGAGGAGGAAUGAUUUGUACCUAGUUGCCACUCCUUCAAUUUAUCGUCUAAGUUAA